UCCCCACCAAAGAGGUCCACUAUGAAGUAGGGGUUUUUCGCUCUUGGCAGUCAUUUUUCCAUCUUCCCCCCUCCACCACAACAAUAAAAGAGUUCCCACAAGGGGGGGAACCAAAGGUGGAAUCUUCUUCCCAUAUACCUCCCACUCAUCAAGUCCUCUUUCUGCCUCACCCCAUCUACCCCAAGUAGGGGGGUUGCUUGAGUAUGGAGAGCAGAAUCCCACCGGGGAGUUACUUCCAGUAUGCUCCUACUGGAGUCCAUGGCUCACUCCAGAGGUCUUCUUCGCUCACAGAUCGUGAAAGAUAUUUGGCAGACCUAUUGGCAGAGAGACAAAAACUGGGACCAUUCAUGCAGAUUCUGCCAGUUUGCAGCAGACUUCUAAAUCAAGAAAUCAUGAGAGUAUCAGGAUUGCUUUCUAAUCAGGUUGCAGAACUUGAAAGAAUGGGGCACGACCAUCCUUAUAGGUCAUUAGGCCAGCAACCUAAUGGAGGGCAGAUGGGUAUGAUGGCAUGGAAUGCUAUGCAAACAAAUGAAGAUAAGCUCCUCCAGAAAAUGGCUCCAUUUCAACCAUCCUCUUUGAACUGGCAUGUCGUCCCAGGAACACCUACCACUCCAGUUGUCAAAAGGGUUAUCCGACUAGAUGUUCCUGUGGAGAAGUACCCAAAUUAUAACUUUGUUGGUAGAAUUCUUGGACCUCGUGGGAACUCUUUGAAAAGGGUCGAAGCAAUGACAGAAUGUCGAAUAUUUAUAAGGGGUCAGGGAUCUGUGAAGGAUGCAAUUAAGGAAGAGAAACUUAAAGAUAAGCCUGGAUACGAGCACUUAAACGAGCCACUACACAUCUUGGUGGAGGCUGAGUUUCCCGAGGAUAUAAUCGACGCACGCUUGGACCAUGCGAUAGCAAUACUUGAAAACCUUCUAAAACCUGUGGACGAAUCCAUGGACGUGUACAAGAAGCAGCAGCUAAGAGAACUGGCUAUGCUAAACGGUACCUUCCGGGAAGAAAGCCCGAGCAUGAGUCCUAGCAUGAGCCCCGGCAUGUCUCCAUUUAACAGCACGGGAAUGAAACGAGCUAAAACGGGAAGAUAACCCCUUCAGGAUAACUGAUUCUAGCUAUAUAUUGAGUUUCUUGCUUUUGUGAGAUUGAUGUCCCGAUGACGUUCACAGAAGCAUAAUUUGACAUCAACUCAGCCAAGUUCUAUAGAACCAAUACGUAGCAUGACGCGCAGCCCCACCAAGGUGUGACGCCGUCAACCUGGAUUGAUUGGAGUAGAGCUAACAAGAGCGUCUCUUACCAUGCAGUAUGCCCCUUUUUCAUAAUUUAGAAUUUUCCACUCUGCUACUACUUACUAGUUGCAAUAAUGUUGUUUUAUGCUAACCUUUUUGACUGCUUACGAGGGCUGUAAUAUUUAUACAUCCGUAGGUUUUUGCAUAGAACUAAGCCUGGCAAACUUCAUCAGGAAAUUACUGUUCGACUCCAGAUAUGUAUGUUUGAAUUUUGUUUACCUUUUGUAUGUUGAUGGUUUGUUGUGCAUA